GUUCACAGGUAAAACAAAUUAAGUAAAACUCUGGAAGACCUGCAGCUCUGCAUUAGUGACGUCAGCGCCAGAUCCGUGGGUCCGGGUAAUGCUGAAGCCACGCCCACUCCUCUCCACCUGUGAAAACUUCGGUUCCACCUGCUUUCAGCAAAGAGCCUCCAGCACUUUCAUGCAGUCGCUAUGAGUCUACCGGACUAUAAGUCAACGGAAAGACCCGCUUCCUCUGCGCUCGCGCUUUCUUCUGUUGUCCACCUAAAUGUUGGGGGACACUUGUUCAGCACCUCACUGAGCAUGCUCAGAAAGCACCCUGACUCCAAGCUGGCAGAGCUGUUCAGCGCUCCGCCCAAGCUGCGCACCGACCCUCAGGGGCGGUACUUCAUCGACCGCGACGGUUCCCACUUUGGAGCCGUUCUGGAGUUCCUGAGGUCGGAGCAGCUCCCCACCGCCAACAUCCUGGAGGUUCACAGGGAGGCGGUUCACUACAACAUCAAACCACUGAUCAAGCGGCUGGAGGAGACCCCUCCGCUGUUCGGGGAGCUGGUGGGGAGGCAACAGUUCCUCGCCAAAGUCCCACAUUACAAGGAAAACAUUGAGGUGCUGAUCCGCAUCGCCAGAGCCGAGGCCGUCGCCACGCGUCACUCCUCCAUCCUGAUCUGCGUGCUGCGGACAGACGAGGACCUGGGUUUCCACGACAACGCCAUAAACAACCUGGAGGCGGACAAGGACUCGUUAGUGACGUUCGGGCCGUGGAGGGCGACGCCGUCUGUCAAAGACCUGCUGGACUGCGUGAAGAUGGACAUUGAGCGUCGGGGCUACAGAGUGAGCAUCGAGCCUCACGUCACAGGGAGGCUGUUCCUGUCCAGGAGCUACAACUUCUUCUACAAACUCACCUUCACCUGGUGGUGAUGAGGCGGUGAGACCAGAAAACACAUCGUCCCUUCAGAUGAAAGGGGUUAUCAAAAGUACAAAGUUUGCCUGUUUUCACUCAUGUGGGUGUGAAACUGUGUCUUAAGUUCCUGCAGAUAUUCUAGCUUUUCGGACGGCUCUUUCCCUCCUGCAGCUUCGCAGCAUCUGUCUGUGUAACGUCUGCUGCCGUCACGCCGGCUGAGAGUUUUCACAGCUUUGAGGGGAAAUUCUGAUUCGGACCGGAGUCCUGCGUCAAACUCUCAAUGUUGGCUAAUCCAACAACCGCUUGAAGGGAAACUGAAAGGUGCAAGCGGCGAACGCGCUGGAUGGCAGGGCCGCUGUGACUUCACCACAAUACAAGGUGGAGCACGCCACCACAUCCUGUGUGAUCAGCACGGGGAAAAACAAGACGGGUCAGCAGAGAGGACAACUGCACCCCUCUGGCUCUGCUCAUCCACGAUAAAACACGAAAAUCAGAAUUUCCUCCUUCAGCAGAUGCAGCCUGAACUCAUUUUUCAAUAAAGAUUAGGACAAAAUAAUCCGA